AUGCAUGCAGAGGCAGCAGAAGCAAUUGCUGCUGCUGCUGCUGCUGCUCCUGCUGCUCCUGCUGCUGCUGCUACUGCUGCUGCAGGUGGUGGGGGAGGAGGAGGGGGAGGCGGAGGUGGGCUUGUGGGUGCAGCAGCAAGUGCAGCAACGGCAACAGCAGCAACUGCAGCAGCAGCAGCAGCAGCAGCAGGAGGGGGAGCAGCAGCAGCAGCAACAGCAGCAGCAGCAGCAGCAGCAGCAAAUAUAACAGAGCAGCUAAAUAAACGUUUGCUUCCUGUCUUGGUGGUUGUGGUGGGGGAGGAGGAGGGGGAGGCGGAGGUGGGGUUGUGGGUGCAGCAGCAAGUGCAGCAACGGCAACAGCAGCAACUGCAGCAGCAGCAGCAGCAGCAGGAGGGGGAGCAACAGCAGCAGCAACAGCAGCAGCAGCAGCAGCAAAUAUAA